AGGUUGAGAAGCCAAAGGAAGAAAUUGUUGGAGAGAAAGUGGCGAAGCCCGAAGAGAAAGCUGUUAAGGAAAAAGUGAAAAAACCGGUCGAGAAAUUGGAGGAAACGGAAGUCACAUUGAAUUUGGCUAAAGAUCUCGAGAAUGAAUUUGUUGACAUAUCUGUCAUCAAUGUGGUUUCAGAUUCGAUCGAAGCUUCACUUCGCUUAGCGAAGCAACAAAAGGUUGAGAAGCCAAAGGAAGAAAUUGUUGGAGAGAAAGUGGCGAAGCCCGAAGAGAAAGCUGUUAAGGAAAAAGUGAAAAAACCGGUCGAGAAAUUGGAGGAAACGGAAGUCACAUUGAAUUUGGCUAAAGAUCUCGAGAAUGAAUUUGUUGACAUAUCUGUCAUCAAUGUGGUUUCAGAUUCGAUCGAAGCUUCACUUCGCUUAGCGAAGCAACAAAAGGUUGAGAAGCCAAAGGAAGAAAUUGUUGGAGAGAAAGUGGCGAAGCCCGAAGAGAAAGCUGUUAAGAAAAAAGCCAAAAAACCGGUGUCAGUGGAGACAUUGGAGGAGACUGAAAUAACGUUGGAUUUGGGAAAAAGUCUUGAGAAUGAAGGAGUUGGUUCGAUCGAAGCUUCAGUUCGCUUAGCGAAACAACAAAAGAAGCCAAAGGAAGAAAUUAUUGAGGAGGAAAUGGUGAAGCGUAAAGGGAAAACUGCUAAGAAAAACGAAAAAUCGAUCGAGAAAUUGGAGACGGGAAGCACAGUGGGUUUGGAAAAAGAUUCUGAGCAUGGAUUUGUUGACAUAAGCAUUAUCAGUGCGAUUUCAGAUUCAAUCCAAGCUUUAGUUCAGUUAACAAAGAGGACUGAGAAGCGAAAGGAUGAAACUGUUGACGGAAAGAAUCUUUCUGCAGCAGAAUCUUGGUAUGCAAUAAAUGAAAGCGGACCGGAAACGGAAUUUGAUGUACAUUUGCCUGCUAUGAAUGCUUUUCUAUGUAAUGAUGCAACAGUUUCACUGUGUGUUGAGAAACCUGCGGAAAAUGGCUUUGUGGAUGCAAUACCCACAUCGGCCGGUUUCUGUUGUUGUAGCCUCUCGGUUUAUCUCCCUGAAUUACGGAAAACUGCAAGAGGUAUGAAGGAAAAAAUGGAAAGACCAGCAGAGUUGAGUAUGAUAAGAGGAAAGCAUUCGGAAGAAAUUCCCGUUGAGACGGUUUCUAUUAGCUUCGAAUUCACAAAACAGAGGACUCAAAAAAUUGGUGUUGGAACUAUUUUUAAUUCUGAACGUCCAACGGAACAAAUUGAACUUGCUGAAGAAAUAAUCCGGCCAAGCCCGCAUAACGAAGCUGUUAAGCUGUUACCGCUUCGUGAAAAGUGCUCUGCAUGCUUGUCAUUUUGUAUUGGUAAGAAAACUAAAAACGAAGAUACUGUUGAUAUCGAUGUGACAGUAAUACCUGAAACAGAGAGGGAACGAUCGAAGGAGCGUUCAAGAUCUGUAAUAGCUGACAUUGAAGUGGAUGCUGGUGAGGAAAUGGCGACGACAGAUGCAAUUGUGGAUGUAUUGACAAGCUUCGAAGAAAGUGAACUAGCUAUAACUGAAUUUUUAUCCGAUAUUCUUGAUGUUGACGUUACUUUAGAUGCUUUGAUGGAGGAAGAGUUCAUUGAAGCCAUUGGUCCUGCCUUCCAUAGCCAGCUUGCUUCGUUGGUGGUUCAAAUGCCAACCGUAGUUACUGCCAUUUCGCAGCUCAUUGAAGAAGUUAAACUACUUGCCGCAAAUGCAGAAACUGAGAUUCUGAUGCCUGUAGCAAACAAGACUGAAAUGCAGCAGCUCACUCUUACACUGCAGAAGGCUGACUACGAAUCACACGAAAAUUUCAAAAAUGACGAGAAACUGAAAGAUGUGGGAAAAGAAUCGCAAGACAUUGACGAGGAAAAGAAAGAAAAGCCAAAAGUAGAAGUGGAGAAGAGAAAAAAGAAAGUACCAAAAGCACUUGUCAUUCCUGCAGAAAUAAGCACUAAAUAUGGCGACAAGAGUACGCUUCUAUCCGAGACAACUAUGACAACAGAAAUUGCGAUGAAUGAAGUGAUGGCAGAAGUUGAAAUAUCACCGAAGAAAUCUCUCUCUGCGUCUGUUGCAAUGAAAGUGGAUUCAGCGAAGCGUCGUAAAUCCGUCAGUCAUCGAUCAUCUUCCGCAGAAAAAUUCACAUUCAAGGAUAUCGAAGAAGGAACGGAAUUGAAAAUAGCUGAAGAAAACGUGAGGAAAACAAAAAAGCGGACCGGUUUACCACCGGUUCCCAAAACAAAAGAAGAAAUAGAAGUGGAGUUAAUUUUUGGACAAAAGGAAUACCGGGAAAACAUCGAGGAUAUUUUCCCUGUUAAACUUGUUGAAGAACUUGUAAAUAUUGUGCAAGUAACAGCAAAGAGUCGGAAGAGAAAGAUAGAAAGAGCAGGGAAGGAUUUGGAGGAACAGAAGCAGGGGAAAAAAUCGAUAGAUGAAUUGGGAAAAAUUGAAACUGUUAAAUUGACACCAAUUACCAAAGAAAUUGAAAAGCAAGAAACUUACGAACGUGCUCGGAAGAAACGUAUUGGAUUCAUUCAGGCGCCCGAUAAGGAAGUUAUUGCAUUCCGCGGUGAUACCAUCAAAAUUGAGUGCGAAUUGUUGAAUGAAGAUGAUUUCAUGUGGCUUAUCAAUGAUAAACCUGCAAGUGAAGAUUUGAGAUGCAUUGAGGAGGUUAAUUCAUUGAUAAGAACACUAACGAUAAGAAAUAUCGUACCAGAAGAUGAAGAAACGAUAAUUGUUGCAAAAGUAGGAGAUAUUGUUGCUGAAACAAUCAUCCAUGUGGAAGAUACACCAGCGGAGAUUAUUGAGCCUUUGCCACGUCGUAGUUUCGGCAAAUGCGGUGAGAAUGUGACACUUGCUGUGUCUGUUACCCAUCCAGCACAUUCUAUUGUUUGGGAAUUCAACGGAGAGAAAUUACCGCAAGAUGAUGGAAAUUAUAUGAUUGCUGAAGAAGGCAAUAUUUAUACAUUAACCAUCAAAGAUGCUACGUAUAAUGAUGCUGGACGUUAUUCUAUUAAGGUGGAUUCGUUAGAAACAUCUACAACGUUAGUAAUGCAAGGAGCACCUAUUAUUGAGAAACCGGAACCGGAAAGUAUUAAUUUCGAGACUCAUGAAAAUCUUCUUCUUAGUAUUCCUUAUAAAGCAGUACCGGAACCAACAAUUGACUGCUUCUUUAACAAUGAGCCAUUGCUAGUUGGAACAAAAUUAAAACUUGAAAUUAUCAAUGAUAUGGUUCAAUUCUGCAAACGGAAAAUUAAUAAAAAUGAUUCUGGUGAAUAUACUUUUAAGAUUAGCAAUGAAUUUGGCGAAGCUGUCAAAACUUUCACUGUUAAUGUUAAAGGAAUAUCCGGUGUUCCUGAAAAUCCACGAAUUAUGGAUAUUUCGCUUGACAGAGUAAGUGUAGAAUGGGAUGCCCCAAAAGAUGAUGGUGGUAGCAAAAUUAUCGGUUAUAUCAUUCAGAAAAAAGAAAUUGGUCGCCGAACAUUCCAUCAUGUUAUUCAGGUGACAGGUGACAAAACGAACUAUCUGAUUGAAGAGCUUGAUGCGGAUACCGAUUACAUCUUCCGUGUUGCUGCUAUUAACAAGUAUGGUACUGGUGAAUUCGCUGAAUUCCCUCUUGCACAUACUAGUGCGGCACCAGAAGAACUAGAAGAAAUACCAGAACAGGAAAAGGAGCUAGAGAAAAUUUCGGAAAGAGUGGAUGAAGAUCAAGAAUUAGCUGAACUAAAAAAGGCAAAGGCUAAGAAACUUCUGAAGAAAGAUGGAUCGAAAAAGGCUGAACAACUUGAAGAGGAAAUGGAGCAAGCAAUUGAUAAAGAAAUAGCUGUAGGGGAAGAUAUUUCGCAGGCAAAACCAGCCACAGAAAGGAAGGUAGAAAUGACGGAUUUGAAGGAAUGUGUUGAAACCGUCAAAGAUCUCGAACAGCAUGACGUUGAACUCAAAGUAGGAAAAGCGGAGAAGGAGGAAUUGGCUAGAGUUACAAGACCUGAGGAAGAAAUAAGGGAUGAAGUUGUUGCAAUGGAUAAGACUAAGGUCGAAAAGUCGGAUACUGUUGAAGCUGAGGAACGAAAGCUGAAGAAAACGAAAAGAAAGAAGCCUAAAAAAGAAGAGAAAUCUUCUGAGGAAAUGAUUCCGACAGUACAAAAGAAAUCCGUCGAUCUUGUUGAAGACAACAUGAACAAGGUUUUAGAGGUAGAGAUCAUUGAAGGAAAUGAGCUUAAGGAAAAAUUCGAUGAAGAAUUUUCACAAGAAGAAAAGAAGCAUGUAGAAAUAGCCACAGAAUCGGAGAUAAAAGAGACCUUUGAAAUAAAGGAUGAAAAGGAAGAAGAAAUUGAUGUUAGUGACAUUUCUGAUACUGUAAUAGUUGAUAAAAAAACGGAAAAAGUUGCAUUGGAAAAGAAACCAACAGCUAAGAAAAGGGAAGAAAUUAAAAAGAAAAAAUCGAGCAAAGGAAAAAGCCAAAAAACUACUGCUAAAAAGGCUGAAGAGCCAACGGUAGUCGUUGGGGUCACAGAUGAAAGCUUUGAUGUACAGUUUCAGAAACAAGACAUUAUUGUAGAAGACAUGACAACAUCUGAGAAGGUCAAGAUCGAAGCGGAAAAAGAAGAAAUCAAAAAAGAUCAUCUUGAAGACGGCUAUGUGGAAGACAGUAAAGAUGCAACUUCCGCUAGUGUGAAAGCGGAUUCGAAGAAGAAAUCAAAAACGUCAAAAAGACUGAUAAAGGAGAAGUUAGAGGAAAUUGUGGGAACAAAGGAGGAAAAGUUUGAGGCUGAAAAAUUAGAAGCAAAGUUGGAGAUAGAUGACAAGGUUGGAAAACCGGAACACGGAGAAGUGAAAGACGAAGGAGACGUAUUGAAACGGUUAGACUCGGGACAAGAAGUUAAGGAAGCAAAGGCUGUGGAAGAUAAAGAAGCAAAACCUAAAAAGAAGGUUACCGGGAAAAAGAUCGCUAAGAAAGCAUUGCAGAAACCCAAAGUGGAAGAAGAAAUAGGAAAAAAGAGUAGAGAUGAGGCCCGAGAGGAGAAGCAUAUUGAAGAGAAAAAAGUGAACAGGUUCAAAGAUGAAGAAGUGGAAGAAUUGAAAAGCAGUGCUGAUAUUGAUGUUACCAUUAACAUACCAGCAGUUCUGAUAAAUGAAGAACCGGGACCGGAAGAAACUAUCGAGAUGACAUCAGUGUUACGCAAGGAUGAGACUCCAAUCACACGACGAGUGCAUAAACGUCCGAGUGGAUUCGUUCUACUCCCAGACCAGGAAAUUCUGGCGUUUCGAAAUGAUACGGUUAAAAUUGAGUGUGAAGUUUUUAAUGAAGAAGAUAAGAUUAACUGGAUGAUUAACGGAAAACUAGUUACGGAUGAUAUACGAUGUACGGAAGUUGAGGAUGGAUAUCUGAGAAUUUUGCAAAUUGAAAAUGUAGUUCCAGAAGAUACGGGUAUGAUCAUUACAGCUAACCUCCAUGAACAUUCUGCAGAAAGUCGUUUAAUUGUUGAGGAUAUACCUGUGGAAAUCACUGAAAAAUUACCGCAUAAAAUUACUGGUAAAAUGGAUGAUUUCAUAAAAUUAUCAAUAACUGUAUCACAUCCAACUGAAAAUUGCCAGUGGUUCUUUAAUAACGAACAAUUAAUCAAAAAUAACGAUCAUUACGAAGUAAAUGUUGAAGGCAAUGUUUAUAGUUUGCUGAUAAAGAAUUUAAGUUACGAUCAAGCAGGUCGUUAUUCAGUGAAAGUAGAAUCUGCAGAAACAUCGACUAUCCUUACCGUUGAAGGAGCACCGAUACUACAUGAAACCGAAACGAUUGUAACAACGGUUGACCUAGAAUCACAAGAUAAUUUAAUACUUACGAUACCGUUUAAAGCAAUACCGGAACCAACUCUGGAAUGUUUUCUUAAUAAUGAAAAGAUUCCGAGCAGUUCAAAGAUACAGCUAGAUAUUUUCAACGAUAAAGCAUGCUUCCGGAAACGUAAAGUGGACAAAAGUGAUACCGGCGAGUACACGAUCAAAAUUAAAAAUGAUUUUGGCGAAGUCUCACAAACAUUUUCUGUCAAUGUCAAAGAUGUACCGGGACUUCCCGAAAACGGGCAUAUCACAGAUAUUGGCAGUUGCUGUGCGACGAUUCAUUGGAACGCUCCAAGUGAUGAUGGUGGCAGUGCGAUUACAGGUUACAUUGUCGAGAAAAGGGAAGAAUCGAGAAGGACUUAUCAUCGCGUUGCUCAGGUAUCGAGUGAAGAAAUGGAUUAUUAUGUUGAUGACCUGAAGAUAAAUACAUCAUAUAUGAUUCGAAUAGCAGCCAUGAACAAGUACGGCAUUGGUGAAUAUUUGGAAUGUGCUUCAUUUCGAACAUGUCUGCCAUUCAAAGCACCAUCUGUGACACAUCCGCCAGUCAUUACGAAUGUCACCGAUCAGAGUUGUACGCUGAAAUGGCCAAGAGUAACAGAGGAUGGUGGUUCGCCAAUUUAUGGAUAUGAUUUAUUCAUACGAGAAAAUAAAAGUGAUUGGAUGAAAGUCAACGAUGAACUGAUAUUCACUGAACAAUUCACUGUGUCUAAUAUUGAAGCUGGACUAACCUAUGAAUUUAAAGUAGAAGCAACAAAUGAAGCAGGUCUUACAUCAAAAUCUGAUGUGAUAUCAGAACCGUUGAUAAUUUCCAAAGCAGCAGAACUACCUAUUUUGAUCGCACCAACAGUGGAAGUUGUAAGCGGAGAUGCAGUUCGCGUACAAUGGAUUGAGGUUACCAGUGAGAACUGGAACGUGACAUCGUACGUAAUCAUGUACAAGUCAGAAAAUUCAUCACUGUGGUUGGAGAAGGAAAUAGAACAUUCGCCUGCGGACAUAACUGGUUUGAGAGAGGAGUUAUCAUAUCUGUUCAAAGUUGCGCCAAAGAGUGGUCCAACUAUCGGUGAAUUUUCCGAAGAAACAACACCGAUACGUAUAAUUGCAGCUAAAAAACCUGAAAUAACAAAAGGUAUCAAAGAUGUCUCGGUUUCACGUAAACGUGAACUGAAAUUGGAAUGCCAUGCAACUGGAGAACCUGUUCCACAAUACAUCUGGUAUAAGGCUGACCGAGAAAUCAUUCCGGCUAGCGAGAAUAUUGAGAUUAUCAAUGAAGGCUUUAUGAGCACUCUUUUCAUUCAUCAUACAUCGGAAAUGGAUGCCGGUUUGUAUAAAUGUGAAGUUGUUAACGAUCUUGGUUCAGUAGAUUCACAGGCUAUCGUUACUGUCACAGAAGUGCGUGCGCAUUUUGUCUCUUCAUUUCCCGAAUAUUUGGAAAUUAAUGAAGGAGAAGAAAUCGGAUUUUCAUGUGAGCUAUCCGAUGCCGAUGCUUCUGUUGUCUGGUUAAAGGAUGGCAAACCUCUGCGCUCUGAUGAUCGAAUAAUGAUCAAAGAGGAUGGCACUGAAAGAAAGCUUACAAUCAGAAAUGCAGUACUUGAAGAUGGUGGCAGAUAUGUAUGUAGCACUAUUGAUAAGAGGACUCAAUCUGAAGCUGAAUUGGUUGUCAAAGAAGAGCUACCACAUAUCAAGAGAGGUCCACAAGAUCAAGUUGUUACUGAAUUUGGUACUACUAUCGUGUUGAAAUGCGAAACUACCAAGCCAGUGAAAACUGUAAAAUGGUUUAGAAACAGGAAAGAAAUUUGGCUACGACAAGAGAAAUUCAACAUGAAUGUGAAAGAAACAAUUGCGACAUUAACAAUAAUGAACUUUGAGCUCAAUGAUUGCGGCGAAUAUACAGCAGCACUUCGUGAAGAUGAAGAAAGUGCACCAGCUAAAGUAGAACUUAAGAUAGCACCUACCAUCAAGUUAUUGAAAAAUUUACCAAGCAAUGUACUGAAAUUGCAUUGUGGCAUUGAUUUUGAUAUCGAAUUCGUUUAUGAAGGAUUCCCUGAGGUCGAUAUUAGGACAACACUUAAUGAUAAACCACUGAAUAAAAUGAGAUCACGUAUGCAUACAUACGAUAAUAAGCUGUCAUUGCGUCUCAAAAAUAUCAUUCAAGAAGAUUCGGGUAUAUUGAAAGUUGUGGUAGAAAAUGAAAUUGGAAGUGCAAGCGAAGAGAUUCAAUUGGAUGUAAUUAGUGUACCUUCCAAACCGCGUCAUUUAACAGCUUUCAAUAUUACAAGCCGUUCAGUGAUGCUGAAAUGGGAGAAAGCUGAAGAUAAUGGAUCUCCAAUCACAAAUUAUAUCAUUGAAAGAAGAACAGCAGAUAUCAAACGUUGGCGCAAUAUUGGAAAAUGUGAAUCGGAACAAUAUGAAUUUCUGGUUGAAGAUUUGUAUCCAAGUGAAAGCUACUCUUUCCGCAUUGUUGCUGUGAAUGAGGUUGGUGAAGGAGCGCCAAGUAAUGUAGUUGAUGUAGUGACAGUGGAUGAAAGUGGUGAACUGGAAGAAAUUACAAAACUUUUGCCAGCGCCCAGUUCUUUGAAAGCAACACUUGUUGAAGACGAUCAGACUGCCCUAAUCACAUGGGAGAUAGUUGAAGAAGCUGAGGAAUAUAUCAUUGAAAGAUCAAAAUUGGAAAAUGAUUGGGAACAAGUUGGUGUAACAACAGAACCGAAGUUUGAUGAUUCUUUUGAUGAAAGUUUGAACUAUAAGUACCGUAUUAUUGCAAAGAAGGGCGAUCAAUUGUCCAGUCCCAGUGAGGAGACAGAAAUAGUGACCGUUCCUGCUCACAAAGAGAAAGAAGAAAAACAACAGGAGAUGAUUGAGACGGAACGACAAGAGACGGAGGAGCGAAAAUCAGAAAAAGCAGAUGAUCAGGAGGGAGAAGAUAGCAAUGGUACAGCGGCGAUAGUAGAAAAAUUAGAGGAUGAGCCUGAGGGAGAGGAAAUGAGGGCUAAUGAGAAGGCAAAAAUGGAAGUUAUAACCAGGAAGAAGAAGCCAAAGAAGGAACAGGAAGAAGAGAAUGAAGUUGGUAUAAAGAUAGAAGAUGAAUUUAAGCCCUCCGAAAAAGUGAUAGAGGAAAAUGAGGAGAAAGUUGGAUCGAGAAAAACUGUUAAGAAAAAAGCUCAGGGAAAGGGAAAGAAAGAAGCGGAAAAGGAGGAACUUUCUAAAGAUGAAGUUGAAAGAGAGAAGGAUUUUGAGCAGGAAAAGAUUGAAGUUGAGAAGGAGCAGGAUGGAGAGCUCAAUUUAGGGGGGGAAAUACAUAAAAUGAAUUCUGAAAAAAAUAUUGAAAAAAAAGGGAGUGGUAAAGUAAAGCAAGAAGAUGAAAGGAUUACUGAAGAUGGAAAAUCGAAGAAAAAGAAGAAAAGCGGAUCAAUUUCUCAAGUUGGUGAAGUAUUGGUUAGUGGAUUGGUCACUGAGAAGAAGGAGGAGGAAACAGAAGAAGAAACGAUGAGAAGGGAAAAAUUGGAGGUGAAACCUGCCAAUAGUUCGGUAAUGAUCAACAAUGGUACGAAGAAUUUCGAAUUAAUCGUCAACAUUAUCGGUAAUUACGAUGAGUGUUAUUGGACGAAAGAUGAAAAAAGAAUUGAUAAAAUGUUAGUGAAAACCUCAGCUAAUACCUCCGUUUUGCGACUUGAAGAUGUUGACGAAUUGACAAAAGGAUUGUAUCAGUGCAUUGCAACAAAUAAAAUGGAGAAAGCAAUCGCUGAAAUUGAUGUUACUGUUACAGAGAAACCAAAAAUUGAGUUUGAAGAAGCUACAAUUGGAGCAAAAACUGGUGAAAUGUUAAAAAUUUAUGCAAAUGUUACGGGAUUACCGAUGCCAACUUGCAAAUGGCUAAAAGAUGGCGCAGAAUUGAAGACAGAUGAAAAUACCAUCAUCACAUUCAAGGAGGGUGUUGCCGUUGUAACAAUUAAAAAAGCAGUUGUUGGUAAUUCAGGUCUCUACAAAUUGAUGGUGGAAAAUACAUGCGGAAAGCAAGAAGAUCAAGUUAAAGUGCUAAUUAAAGGAGUUCCGUCAGCACCAGUUGGUCCUUUACAAGUGUCCGAUGUAACAAAUGCUUCUUGUAAGCUUGCAUGGAAUCCUCCAGAACAAGACGGUAACAGUAAGUUGCUCGGUUACUGCAUCGAGAAACGUGAUGCUAAAAAAUCAAGCUGGGCAUUUGUUGCGCGUACUACAACAACAACUGCAACUAUAACCAGUUUAUCUGAUAAUUCAAAGUACUAUUUUCGUGUUGUGGCUGAAAAUGCAUUCGGUACUGGUCCAGCUUUGGAAAAUGAAGAACCGAUACAACCGAUAAAAAUCACUGCAAUUGAAAAACCAAAGAUCAAGAAAGCGCCGGGGAAAGAAACUGGCAAAGUAGGUGAUAAACUUACACUCAGUGUAGAAUUUGUUGCUAAGCCAGUACCUGAAGUUCGCUGGUAUAGAAACGGUGAAGAAUUGUUCCAUAAUGUGGAUAACACUAUAAUAAAAAUGGAUAAGAAAUCGAUGCUUACAAUAGAGAAACUUAUUGAGGAUGAUGAAGGAGACUAUCAGAUUGUUGUGGAAAAUGAAGGCGGUACAGCAGAACAUAAAUUCAACGUUGAAGUAAAAUCGAAACCGAUGAUAAUUGAUGCUGGAAAGUAUAAAGAGCCACAAGUUUUCAAUAAAGGUGAAAACGUCAAACUACAACUCGCUUUCACUGGUUAG